AUGAACAAUACGAAUAAUAAUAUUAACGCGGGUAACCCAAUUAGAAAGAAGCAGAUUUUACCUCGUAAAGUGAUAUUUACAGGUGACGAGAACGUUGCAACUUCAAAUAUUAUUACAUCCAAUGUAUCAAAACAAGUUCUUUCACAAAAACAAGUUGUGGUACCAAAACAACUUGCUGCUUCGAAAACUACUGCUACACGUGAAUCGCUAUUUAAUAUAAAUAACAAAAAGACAACGACAAUUACACGCAAAAGAGUUGCAUUAGAUGAUGUUAGUAAUUUAAAUAAAUCUCACAAUAAUCAUAAUCUAAGCAAUAUUCACAAUCCCAACAGUAUUUACAAUCCCAGCAAUAUUCAUAUUCAUAAUCCGAGUAAUAUUCACAAUCCUAGCAAGAUUCAAAAUCCUAGCAAUAUUCACAAUAUUCAAAAUCCUAGUAAUAUUCACAAUAUUCAAAAUCCUAACAAUAUUCACAAUAUUCAUAAUAUUCAAAAUACAAGUAAUAUUACAAGUAAUAUCCCCAAUCCGAGUAAUAUUCCUAAUCCAAGUAAUAAUCCAAGUAAUAAUAUUCACAAUCCAAGUAAUAUUCGUAAUCUAAGCAAUAUUCAUAAUCCAAACAAUAUUCACAAUGUCAAAUCUUAUAUUCAACCAAAGCAAUUUAAUAAUGGUGUUGCGGCAAGAAAACUCAAUAAUGGUGUUGCCGCAAGAAAACGUAAUGUACUCACAGAACGUGUUAACGUUCCAGUUGCAUCACAAUCAAUUACACAAUCAAUUGCACGACCAAUUGAUUGGGAUGACCUUGACGCGAUUGAAGCCAAUGAUCCCAUGAUGAUAUCAGAGUAUGCCCCAGAUAUUUUUGAAUAUCUUAAAGAAUUAGAGACCCAAACGAUGGCUAAUCCUAAUUAUAUGGAAACCCAAACUGAGUUAAGUUGGAAAAUGCGAGGGAUUCUUGUGGAUUGGUUAAUCGAAAUACAUAAUAAGUUUCGAUUACUUCCAGAAACCUUGUUUUUGGCUAUUAAUAUCGUGGAUCGAUUUCUUUCCGUUCGUGCUGUUGCAUUAGUUAAACUUCAAUUAGUUGGUAUUACGGGAUUAUUUAUUGCAUCAAAAUAUGAAGAAAUGAUUGCACCUUCAGUCAAAAAUUUUAUUUAUAUGGCUGAUAAUGGAUACUCCGAGGAUGAAAUUCUUAAGGCUGAAAGAUAUGUUCUUACUUCAAUAGAUUAUAAACUUUGUUACCCAAAUCCCCUAAAUUUUCUUCGACGAGUUUCCAAAGCUGAUGAAUUCGAUGUUGAAUCUAGAACUAUUGCCAAAUAUCUUAUGGAGAUAUCACUUGUUGAUCAUCGAUUCAUAUCUUCAACACCAUCUAAUAUCGCAGCAUCAGCUUUAUAUUUGGCUAGAAAAAUGCUUAAUAAAAGUGAAUGGAAUGCGAAUUUAGUUCAUUAUUCAACAUUUACCGAAAAUGAACUUCAGCCAUGUGUAAUGAUGAUGCUUGAAUAUUUAUCAAAACCUAUGAGAUAUCAACAGUUAUUCAAAAAAUAUUCUACAAAAAAAUUCAUGAAAGUGAGUCUUUUUGUUAAAGGUUGGGUAGAUAGAUAUCUUAUGCGUUAG